AUGAAGGAUAAAAUCCGUAACCUAAGCAUUAGUGAAGACCUUAAGCAACAGCUUUGCCAAAUAAUGCUUAAUUCAUCUGGUUCUGAACAAGAUAGUGAUGACGAACUAGCCCAACUAGAGAAUGAAGAAUUGUUUGAAUCAGAUACUGAGACUAGCUCAGGUAGCGAGGAAGAGUGCGCCUGUCAAUUUAAAGAGUGCGCCUGUCAAUCAGAUACUGAGACUAGCUCAGUGUGCAGUGGCGUAUCAUCUCCCAACCGAGCUCAAUCAACUCAACAAGCUAUACCGCAGCCAAUAGAAGCUCAAAUUGUAGUUGGUCGCUUUGACCUAAAUUCAUUGCCUGAGGAACGACAUGACCAACUAAUGGCGGUGGCUUUUUAUCAAGAUCAACCACCACCUGCGACUGACGAACGUCAACCACCAACUGUGGUUGAUCAACAACAGCCACCAGUUGUGGCAGAUCAAGAUCAACCAAGACUGAAACGCCAUCGGGGAAGAUUUAGAAACUCUGGUUCGAGACCAAUCGAGGUUGAGUGGCCUGACUGGUUGCCUUCUACGUGGAAGUUCAUUGCCACAAAACGCAAACGUGGUAGGACUAAGAAUAUGAUUGACACGCUGUAUAUAAGCCCGGAAGGACACCAGUUUCGGUCCAAGAAGCAAGUUCUCGAUUGGAUUAGAAGAAGUAAUGUUGAAAAUGAUAACUUGUAA